UCAGGGGGGAUUAAUCCCAUUCACUCACACCACAAAAGCCUCUUCUCUUUUUCUCCUUGAAGAAGAAAAAUCAGGAAUGGUAAAAUGCCCAAAGUCUUAUUUUCCAAGAUGCGCUUUUAUGACAUGAAGGAUCUGAUGAAGCGGACCAGAGGGAUUGAAAAAGGACUCAUCCAAAACAGGAGAAAAAAUGAGGUCCACAGCCUGAAAGCAAAUAAAAACGAAGAUAUCUGCCUUUCAAAGUUCAGUUGGAAUGGAGACCAUAAACGCCACUGGUCACUGGAAAAAGUGUUAAAAAAUAAAAAGUACUUAGAAGCCUUUUGCGCCUUCCUGAAGUCUGAGUUCAGUGACGAGAACAUUGAGUUCUGGCUUGCAUGUGAGGACUUUAAAACAACAACUUCUCCAGAUGACCUUCACCGGAAAGCCAAGGAGAUCUACGAGACAUUCAUCCAACCUACAGCCAGCAGAGAGAUCAACGUAGAUCAUCAUGUAAAGGAAAAGAUCAAGAGGUCUUUGGAGAAACCGAGUCGUUCCUGCUUUGAUGAGGCCCAGAAACAUGUUUACCUGCUAAUGCAAUCAGACUCUUGUCCCAGAUUCCUGAGCUCAGAUGCCUUCUUAAGGUUGAACUUAAAAUCCAGGACCCUAUGGUAUAUUUAGCUCCAAAAAGCAACAGAGAGCUUUUAAUUUCUAUUAUGCUACAUACACACCAAGCAUGUAAUGCGCGUCCAAGAAUGUGCUGAUUGUGGUUUCUUGAACGCAGUUUUUGCAGAGGCUUUUAGUGUUCAGACUGGAUUAUUCCUACCAGAUACUAGCGCAUGUAUUCAGAGGCUUUGUGGAAAAGGUUGAAGCGGUGCAAAUCUUGUGAAUCUUGCUCCAGACUUUUUCUUUUAUUCUGAUACAUAAAAGACUUGGUGUCAUAUAAUUCUUGCCGUGUACAAAUUGUAAUCAUUAAUUUCUCCUUCAUGAUGCUUUUACAAAUGGUUGGUACUUCUCUAAAAAGAAAAGAAGACCAUCCAUACUUCACCAUCAAAUCCGAGUCCACAAUUGGUCAAAGUUCAACUGGUUUAAAUUUAAAAGCGCGUUAAAUGGAUACAUAUUUUGUAUGUAGAGCCCAAGAACGGACUUAAAACAUGCAUAGCCCCACGUGAAUGCGAGAGUUUUGAAAACGGAAGCCCAAGACGUUUACAUUGACUUUUCAUUGAAAGUGGAUGCUUGCCAUAAGAAAUAUUUUCAAGCAAUAUAUUAUAAACAGUGUAUUAUAAACAGUAUUACAGUACUAUCCUAGGCACUUUACCAUAGGGAGUUGGGUCAUCUAGACCCACUAGACAGUGCGCUGAACCUUUUUUCUUCAAUGAUUUGUGAACCUCACUGGUGUCCAUGGUUUAAAUGAAAUCUUUCCACUUUUAUCCACCUUUGUCAUGGUAGGGAGAACACGUCAAUGUAAGGGUGGGGUCAUCUAAGAUAGCACAAGGGUUGAAAUGUGGCUUUAGGAGCAAAUGGUAAUCAGUCAAUGCUUUCACAUGCAGGUAAAAUUUACAAAAAAUGUACAUAAUAAGGAUUAAGAAGGGAAGUUUUUCAAGAAAGAUAUUUAGGACGUAAAAUGCAAGUGUUUUUUUAUUUUUUUUUGUCGGAAUGCAAUAUGUAGUUUGUUGCUUGAAGAUGGUUGUUCUAGUAGAGAUAAAGCUUUAAUGAUAAAGCUGCAAAUGAAUGCUUUAUGGAGUAAUAUUAUCACUCCAUCUCGGAGAAGUUGGAUUUUCCGUGUUUCUUGACCUUUCAAUGGAAGAUUUACUCAAAAUAAUUUCUUGUAUUUGGUGAUGUCACAACUUUUUAAUAUUUUUUUGCUAUUUUCAGCACUUAACAUUUGUCUGACUGGUGAACACGGGGUAUGAGUCAAGAUCAAAUAAAGCAAAGUUUCCACUGCUCGCUCAUUAAACUGA